GAAAUGAAUCACCUACGAACAGAAAAUAAUAAAUUAAAAAUUGAAAAUACUAGAUUAGCGAACGAUAUACUAGAUAUAAAACAAAAACUUGAUACAUUUGAACAAGCUAACAUGGGUAUCGGUAUUGAAAUAACGGGCAUACCAAAAAUGGAAAAUGAAAACUGUAUUAAUACAGUUAAACAAAUUGCUGAAAAACUAAAUAUUUCUAUAACUGUAACAGAAGCUUCAAGAUUAAACUCAACUAAUAACAAACCGUCAAUAAUAAUUGCAAAACUAGAAACUUCGGAAAUGAGAAAAAACCUAAUAAAAAUAAAUAAACUACAGAAACUAAAUGCAAACAUGCUAUCAGAAAAUUGGAAUAAAGAAAAUAAAAUCUACAUCAAUGAACGUUUGACGAAAGAAAAACGUAUACUUCACUCAAAAACAAGGGCUGCUGGUAAAGAACGCAACUACAAAUUUAUAUGGAUUUCAAAUGCAGAUAUCUUAAUAAGAAAGGAUGAAAACUCUAAAAUAACUCGAAUAAGAUCAAUCAACGACAUUGAACGCAUGUAACUACUAACUUCAAAACCACGUAAGUCUAAUACCUCUUCCAACUUUCCAUUCUUACCUAUGUUAUAUUAUAUACAAACAUUUCCUCAAUACAAUCGUAUAGUAUUCAA